UAAAGCUGAUCCUUUAUCGUAUGCUUCACGUGCAUAUAGAGAUUAUUUAAUCGGACAUUGUUUACGUAUUUUAACCGGUACUGUUGGAGAUGCUCAUUUAUCUUCAAUAUUAGAAUAUGGACAAACUAUUAUGGCUUCUGCUGGAAUAGAUGCUGGAUUUUUAUGUACUGACAAAGUUACAGUUACACAUUGCGAAGAUGAAAUUGGAUUAUGGUGGGGAGCAGUUAUAUAUGUAGCAGCAUGUUGGAGAUUGAAAGAAGACGAUUCACAAGCAUGGAGCAUUGUUGAAAGCAAAUUUCCUUAUGAAAAAUGUUAUCAACUUUGCAAUAAUAAUAAUAGUAUUAGUCCACUACCAUAUAUUGUUUUAAAUGCUUUGCAAGCAGCAAAAGCGACUACUAAAUCAGUCUCUAUGCGUUUUAUUGAUCAGGCAGGAAUAUUGCUUGAACAAUGUUUGGUUUAUUAUAAUUGCAAGCAACAGUCAUCCCAAAACGUUUUGGUAAGAUAUUUAAAUAUUAUGUUUAUAAUAUAUUAAUA